AUGGAGCAAUACCAGUGGAUCCUGUCGCUACUCGCAGUCUUGCUAAUUGGGGUCUCUCUCCUUUACCAAUGGAGCACCACCUUCAACUUCUACUGUAAGAUGGCCCUCUUCCAUGGUUGGAUAAUACUUAUGGCCACCGUACUGUCUCCAGUUGUAGCUGUAAUCAAUGGGCGAAAUGUGGAAAACAUGAAGGUUCUACGCCUCUGCAUUAAGCCACUCAAAUACUUCUGUGGCAUCAAGAUCACAGUGCAGGGCUCUGAGAAUCUGAAUAUCAAGGAGCCUUAUGUGAUUGUUUCGAACCACCAGAGCAGUAUUGACCUUCUUGGGAUGGCAGAGGUUAUCCCGGAUGGCUGCGUGACUAUUGCCAAAAAGGAGCUGCUCUACUUGGGACCAAUAGGCUGGGCUGUCUGGAUUUGUGGCUUAAUUUUUAUUGACCGCAAGAAGAAGCGGGAGGCCAUGGCCACAAUGGACGGCAUCGCAGAGACCAUGCGACAGGAUGACAUAAAGAUCUGGGUUUACCCAGAAGGAACCAGAAACCAAGAAAACACCAUGCUUCCUUUCAGGCGGGGAGCGUUUCACCUGGCUCUAAAGGCUCAGGUCCCCAUUAUCCCCAUUGUGACGUGCUCUCUUAUGGCCACAUACAACUACAAAGAGAAGAAGUUUAGCCCAGGGCAUUGGACCAUCCAGAUUUUGCCCAAGAUAGAAACAAAAGGCCUCAGAGUAGAAGAUGCUAUGGCACUGGCUGAAAGCACCCGCCACUUGAUGCAGGACACUUUUUGUGAGAUCUCGAGGGAUGUUUGCAGGGACACCAGGCAGUGAGAGUUUCGUUCCCAUGGAAGGUUGUGGAGUACACGCAAGUCAGGAAACUGGAUGAGGGACUCUGUUGUUCCUCCCCCGAAAAAAUAACAACAAAUUAACAAGAAGUUCCUGAUGUUAACCCAGCAAAACUAAGUCCAGUGUCACCUAGUGACUUAAAUACACGCACAUGUUUCUUACCAAAGAGGAUGACUAGAGGUCGAGAUCCAAAGGCUGCAGUAGAGGCUUCGGGAGUGCAGCAUGAGAGUGGCUCUGUCUAGAUAACCUCUUGGUUGUCAGGCCAUCCCUGAAGGGAUCUGCUUCACGAUAUGGCUUCCAUCCAGACAUUCUGCUGUUCUACUUAUGGUUCAGAAGGAAAAGUUGAUCUGCAUGAGAUGAGAGGCAGGUGCCUUGGAGCCCAAGAACAAAGCCGUCUGGGACUCUGCCUUGAGCGCUGAG